UCGAUCUCGACCACGAGCGGACGCACUGCCUCCCGUGACCCCGUUGCCCUCCAAAACCGCACGCACGGAUCGGGCGGUGGGGAGCUAGCGAUGGCCGGCGACGAGUGGCGCUGCCGGAGGCACCCGGCCCUGCCCUUGGGCGGCGUGUGCCCGCACUGCCUCCGCGAUCGCCUCCUCCGCCUCUGCCCCGACUGCGCCUGCCCACGGCACUGCCCCUGCCCCUGCGCGUCCUCCCCCUCCUCCUCGUCCUCCGCGGCCUUCGGCAGCGAGCUCGGCAGGGUCCACAGCCUCAUCGAGCGGGAGCGCCGGGUCGCGCGCUCGCGCUCUGUCGCCGCGUCCGCCGUUGGCGACGAUCAGAGUCGGCCCAAGUCGAGGGUCUGGGGCUGGGUGUCGUUCCGGAAGCCGGCGGCGGCCGCGGCAUGCAGGGAUGUGGAGGAGGAGUACGACGACGCGGUGGCAUUGGCGAGGUCGAGAUCGGUGUCGGCGGCGGCGGCGCAUGCCAAUGGGGCCUCGAAGGCGGGAGUGUGGGGGAGGCUCAUCCCCGGGAAGAUCAAGGCGCUGCACCAUCAGAAGUCAAGCGCGCGGUGAGAUGGAUGGAUCUACGGAUGGCGAUCAGUUCGGGUAGUUUCUUUUCUUUGAGAAUGUGGCUGAGUUUGUUGUCACUUGCGCUAAUUUGCUAAUAAAAUCUGUUAAUAUUAUGUAAUCUCGCUUGCUUUGGGCCUUA